AUGACGAUAUAUCAAAAACCAAACGAAUCAUUGAGGGAAUGGCUCGCAAGGUAUGGGGAGGUUGUCGCCGCCACAAUGAACAUAACAGACAGAGAAGCCCUGAUGGGGGCUUUAUCUAGCACGAAGAAAAUAACCCCGUUCAAAAGAGAGCUAAAUCGAAAGCCCACAACCAGCUACAGAGAAUUUCUGGCGCGAGCGCAGGGGUACAUCAACGCCGAAAAGGCAGACGCGAAUGACCCCGAGCACCGGACCAACAAGAAUAAAGGAACUGAACAGGGGUCAGCGCCUACGAAGCAGGAUGGGAAGAAGCGUCAAGGCGGAGGAAACGGAGACAAGCAGCCCGCCGCAACGACGAGCGCUUCAGAAGCCAAAAAGCCAAGGUUCCAUGGCGAUGUCGGCCACCACACCAACGAUUGUGCCGACCUCAAAGAUGAGAUCGAAAGAUUGAUCCGCGAGGGAAGGUUACAGGAAUUCAGGGCCGAACGAAGGCCCCGAAAUGGCAGCCAUGGUGGGCAGAAUGAUGGUCGACGCCGAGAGGAGAACCAGCGCCCAGAGGACCGUGAACCUGUCGGCGUCAUAAGGACUGUCCUCGGCCGUCCCUACAUAGGAGGGGACUCGAGGAGGUCUCAAAAGGAUUACGCCCACGAGACCAGGGGGGUUUAUCAGGAGCGAUUCUGGAGCGUCUCCGCCGCAAAAAUUCCAAGGUACAGCCACACUGAUGUGGCUUUUAACGAGGAUGGCGCUUGUGGGGUUCAUUUUCCCCACAACGAUGCCUUGGUGGUGGAAGCCAUGAUAGGAAACCACACCGUGUGA